GCACCUUUACAGCUGUCCCCGCCUUUCCGCUCCGUACCUUUCGUCAUGGAUACAUCGUCGUCAACACUGACCGCAUCAAGUCCCCCGCAGACUUGUCGGGGAAGCGCAUCGGUGUGCAAUUAUAUACUAUGACCGCUGCUGUAUGGAUUCGCGGUCUACUUAUGCACGAGUAUGGCGUGGAUCUGUCGAGCAUCACCUGGAUAGAGGGGCGGAUGGACGCGCCCGGGGCUCAUGGCAAGCCAUCUGUCCUGAUUCGGAGAGAAGGGGGCAAGCCUCUGGCCAACAUUGAAAAGAACAACAGCGGAAAGUCUUUAAACCAGCUGCUGGUAGACGGCGAGAUCGAUGCGACCAUCGGCGCGGAGGUCCCAUCCUGUCUGUGGGACAACGAGAAAGCACCUCAUAUCCAGCGCCUGUUCCCUAAUUAUAAGGAGGCCGAAAAGGAAUACUACCGGAAGACGGGUAUCUUCCCGAUCAUGCACCUAGUCGCUAUCCGAAGGGAAGUGUACGACCAGCACAAGUGGAUCGCUACUAGCUUGUUCCAGGCGCUGAAUGAGUCGAAGGAGUUGGUCCGCAAGAGAACCUACAUGCCUGGUAUGAUCCGAUGUAUGUUGCCGUGGCUGCGGGAGGCACUGGAAGAAACUGUCGAGGUGUUCGGGGAAGAUUGCUGGCCGUAUGGGAUUGAGAAGAACCGUAAGACUUUGGAGGCGCUGGUGCAGUACCUGUAUGAACAGGGGAUGAUCGAAAGGGUGGUUCCGGUUGACGAACUGUUUGCGCCGGUUCAGGAGGCGCCAUUUGUGAUUCAUUAGUUGCCAUCACUCUGUGUAGCCUGAGCUCGGUGCAAUAGAGACUCUUAUUGGCAGCCCCCAGGUAUUUUUAAACCCC